AUGGCUAGCUUCGCUUCACAAAUUUCCUCUGUUUUGUUGUUUCUGCUAUUUACAACAACAUUCAACAGGGUGAUCAGUUGCAAUGAAAAUGAUAAAAAGCUGCUUUUAAUCUUCAAACAAGGAGUGGUUGAUCCAUAUAACCAACUCUCUUCUUGGACUACCGAAGAAGAUUGCUGUUUAUGGGAGGGAGUUCACUGCAACAACAUGACCGGAAGAGUCACAAAGCUUUCUCUUUUCAAUCAUACAUUGCGAGGUGACAUUAAUCUGUGUGUGCUUCAACUUGAAUUCCUCAACCACUUGGACCUGAGCCACAAUGACUUCAAAACUGUGAGUAUGCCACCAUGCCAAAUCUCCAAAUCUCCUUUUGAUGCUCACAAAUUUCACAACCAAUCACUUCCUACCCAUUCGAAUCAGUCAGCAUGCUUUUCUGUUGCUCUACGUUAUCUUGACUUUUCAGUUAAUGGUUUAGUCAUCAAUGACCUUCAUUGGCUUUCUCAACUUUCUUCCUUGAAAUAUCUUGACCUCACUAACAGUGAUAUUGGAAAUGAAAACAAAUGGCUCCACCAUAUAUCCAUGCUUCCUUCACUCUCUGUGUUACACUUGAGGGGUUGUGGACUCACAGAUUUUCCUUCCCUUGAUUAUAUCAAUUUUACAUCACUUGAAAUUCUUGAUCUUUCUUUCAACUGUAUCAACUCAAUACCCAAUUCAUUCUUUAAUAUUACCAGUAACAUCUAUCACCUCGACCUUUUGGGAUGUAAUUUCUAUGGUCAAUUACCAAAAGCCUUGCACCAUCUUCAAAACCUCAAGCAUUUAAAUUUGAGUUUAAAUAAUCUUGAGGGAUCAAUUCCUGAUUGGAUUUGCCAACAUGAACAGUUGCAGCAUUUUGAAAUCUAUCUUAAUCAGUUGAAUGGUUCUAUUCCAUCAUGUCUUGGAAACCUUUCUUCCUUGAUUUCCUUAGAUUUGUCUCACAAUCAUUUCAGAGGAAAUCUUCCCAAAAGCCUUGGAAAGCUUCAUAACUUAAAAUCUUUAAGUAUUGAUGGCAAUUCUUGGUCAGGUGUCCUUUCAGAAAAGAACUUUGCCAACCUAUCAAGCUUAGCAUCACUAGCUUUGAGUUCAACUAGUUUUAAAUUUGACUUUGAUCCUAACUGGGUGCCACCAUUUCAACUCAAAUAUUUCUCUUCAGCAAAUACAAGCUUAGGUCCUAAUUUUCCAACUUGGCUAUAUACACAAAGGUCUCUAGAAAGGCUCCAAAUCUCUAGAUCAGAGAUUUCAAACAUUGAUGCAGAUAUAUUGUGGGGCUUCAUAGCAAGCAUUGAUGAAGUUGACCUAUCAAACAACUUCAUCAGUGGAGACAUAUCCAAUGUGACACUUCACUCAAGAGAUAUACGUUUGGACUAUAACAAUUUUACCGGAGGCCUCCCUCACAUAUCAGCAAACGUUAUGUACAUUCAAGCUUCUCAUAACUCGUUCUCAGGAUCCAUUUCUGCCUUCCUAUGCCCCAGAGAGAGUAAUAGGGCUGAAAACAUGCUGUCUAUUUUGGAUAUAUCACAUAAUAAUUUAAGUGGAUCACUCCCUGAUUGCUGGGCCGGUUGGAAACAAUUAGUUUACCUUAAUUUGAGGGGUAAUAAGCUAUAUGGUGAACUUCCUCCCUCAAUGGCUCUAUUAACAAAUCUUCAUUUGUUGUCUCUGUGUGAUAAUGGUUUCUCUGGAAACUUUUCGUUAAACUUAUCACACUGGACAAAUUUGGAAUACCUCGCGCUUGAGCGAAAUAAAUUUUCAGGAGGUUUGCCAAAUACAAUGCAGCAAAAUUUGGUCGUUUUCAAAGUGAGGGCCAACCAAUUUAUUGGCAAUAUUCCAACACAGCUGUGCCACAUGUCUUUUCUAAUGGUAAUUGAUCUUGCUGAUAACAAGCUCUCAGGAUCCAUACCACCAUGCUUGUAUAACAUCAUGCAGUUUGAUCCUAGAACUUUAUGGACCUUUUUUUAUUUCUAUAAGGAAACAAAUUUAUUUUCUAAGGGAAGGGAAUUAAAUUACCCUGAUUUAUUGUCAAGGUACAUUGUUGACUUUUCUUCCAACAAUUUAUCAGGAGAAAUCCCGAAGGGGUUGUUUAACUUGACUCUAUUGUGGUCCUUGAACUUGUCUCGAAACCAUUUGACUGGAAUGAUUUCUAGAGAAAUUGGAGAUCUGAAAAACUUGGAAUCUCUUGAUCUCAGCUACAAUAGGCUUUACGGGGAAAUUCCUCCAACCAUCUCUGAUAUAUCAUUUCUUGAAGUUUUGAACCUCUCAUACAACAAUUUCAUUGGACAAAUCCCUUUAGGGACUCAAAUUCAGACUUCUGAAUCUUGGAGUUUUGUUGGCAAUCCUCAACUUUGUGGGGUUCCUCUUCCAAUAAAGUGCAACAAGAAAGAAGCUCACAACCCAAAGUUGGUUGAAGGGAACGAAGAUGACAGCUUUUUGAAGUCAUUGUAUCUUGGGAUGGGAGUGGGAUUUGCAGUAGGCUUCUGGGUAGUUUGUGGUUCUCUCUUCCUCAUCAGACCAUGGGGACAGAGAUUUUUCCAAUCAUUUGACAGUUUGGUCGACCGACUUUAUGUCCAUGUGGCCCUCACGCUUAAGAGUUUCCAUCGAAUAUUUGGAACGAGUUAA